AUGGCCAUGCUACAUCCAAAGCGCUGGACGCAAAUAUUCCCACCAGCACCAACAUUCGGGGAAAGAGACGUGGGUCUCAGAAAGGGAAGCGUCUUCAUCGUGACAGGUGGAAAUCAGGGUGUUGGUUUCGAGCUCUGCAAGAUGCUACGUGGGACGGGCGCAACUGUGUAUAUUGCCUCGCGUUCCAAGCAACGAGUCGACUCAGCCAUCGAGAAACUUAGAUGCAUGACCCCCCAGCCAGCGCACCCGGCCAUCUUCAGGCCUCUUCUGCUGGACCUCAACGACUUGAAUUCGGUGAGAACCGCAGCCUCCGAAUUUUCAGUACAGGAGAACCGCCUUGACAUACUCUGGAACAACGCGGGAAUCGGUGCCGACUCUGUCCCUGUACAAUCAAAGACCGCGCAAGGUAUAGAGAAAUUCGUAGGGAUGCACUGCGUUGCUGCACUGCUGUUCACCCAACUACUGCUUCCUCAACUCCAAUUUGCGGCUGAAUCAUCUAUUCCGGGGGCCGUCCGUGUCGUCUGGCUAUCAAGUAUCAUGGCAGAAUCUCACGUUCCUGCGGACGGGAUCGACUUCAACCUCCUGCCAGUGGGCUGUUCAAGCGGCAGACGAAACUAUGCAAGGUCGAAAGCUGGGAAUUGGAUUCUAGCACAUGAAUACGCAAGACGAUACGGGAGGCAAGGAAUCGUUAGUGUUGCAGCAAAUCCAGGCAACCUUAAGACGAACGCAUUCCAAGGCGCACCCUCCAAAUUUAUGGCUGUUGCCGACCGCUUGUUUCUUUACGAUCCGAAGUUCGGUGGGUACACGGAGCUUUAUGCUGGCUUCUCUCCGGAUAUCACUCUGGAAAAUAACGGCGCGUACAUUAUUCCGUUUGGCAGGGUACAGCCCGAGGAGCAGGUCGGUAGACCGGAUAUACUGGCAAAGCUGAAAGCAGAGGAGGAUAAUCUGGCCAUGCUCAAAAGCCCUGGAGGUGUGGGGGCAUCCAUUAUCCUUUACAACCAACUACCUAGGUAG